GUCCCGGAAGGAGCGAGCUGUGGAGUUCGAGCCAGUGAGUGAAAGCGGCGCCGCCCGCCUGUCGCAGACGCGGCAAUGCUGAUGUCCCCCGCCUCUUUUAGGGCUCUCGAAAGGAAAGAGGGAGAGCAGCGUGUAUCAGCGCCGCACGUCCUUACAAGUCUGUUCCCCAAAUAGGGCCUCUUAUCCCGGCCGCUCCGGUCCCUGCGCGGGCUGGGCUCGUCUCCCCCUCACCGCGGCGCCCAGGCUGUGUAGCGUCCCUGUCCCGGUCCCCAGCUCCUGCCCUGUCGCCGGAGCGCUCGCCGCCCGGCCCGCCGUUCUUCCGCUGCCACCGCUGCUGGCACCAUGGGCAGUGAGCAGAGCUCCGAGGCCGAGAGCCGAUCCAACGAUCUGAACUCCUCAGUGACUCCUUCUCCAGCUAAGCAUAGAGCCAAGAUGGAUGAUAUUGUGGUUGUAGCUCAGGGCUCUCAGGCCUCACGGAAUGUCAGCAAUGAUCCUGAUGUCAUCAAGUUACAAGAGAUUCCAACCUUCCAGCCCCUUUUGAAAGGGCUAUUGAGUGGCCAGACUUCCCCAACAAAUACCAAAUUGGAGAAACUGGAUUCUCAGCAGGUGUUGCAGCUCUGCCUCCGAUACCAGGAUCACCUGCACCAGUGUGCAGAAGCUGUUGCUUUUGAUCAGAAUGCUUUGGUUAAACGAAUCAAAGAGAUGGAUCUGUCUGUAGAAACCCUCUUUAGCUUCAUGCAGGAACGUCAGAAAAGAUAUGCCAAAUAUGCCGAGCAGAUCCAGAAGGUCAACGAAAUGUCUGCCAUCCUCCGCCGCAUACAAAUGGGCAUUGAUCAGACUGUGCCACUGAUGGAAAGGCUGAACAGCAUGCUGCCUGAGAAUGAACGGCUGGAGCCCUUCAGCAUGAAGCCAGAGCGAGAGCUCAAGCUAUAGCACUGCUGCUUCCUCCUGCCAGGCUGUUCUUAGGAGGCAGAGAUACCAGUAACCCAGAGGACAAUAGAGCCUAAGUCCUAUGAUAUGACCAAGGCCUGAAGCUGGUACAAGGUCUGGGUCCUCACUGCAGUGGACAGAAAGCAGUCCUGCCAGCAUGGUGUCUUUGCCCUACUCCUUUCCUUGAUGCGUAUGCCCCAUGUGAAAUGAACAGAAGUAAUUCUUGGUGAUAACUGAAGUUGGAACAUUUGAAUUACUAGGAAUUGUUUUAAAAAUGCUGCAUGCAGAGUUCUUUUUGUUUCUUUUUAUUGAGAUUAUAUAUAUAUUCCAGUGUACUGGAGUGAAAACAUGGAGAAAAGGGAGAAAAUUUUAAGAAGCUAUGUGUCUUCCAUGCCCUUAUGAAAUUUUCUUCAGGCUCUCUGGGUUAAGGGUUGUAAACAUGAAAAAAAAUUAAUCUAGAUCUUUGUGUUCUUACUCUUUACACCCCACUUCCAUCAUAUCAAAUCUUGAUCAGGGACUCCUUCUUCCUAUCCUGAUGGAACACUGCCUUUCUUGUUGUCUAUCAGGUUGUGGUGUCUCUUAUAUAUGUCAUUGUUGGAAAAUGAAGACUCCCUGUCUCCACCCUCUGGAGAUUCAUCUCUCAUUUAGGUUUCUUUCUGUUACAUCAACACAAGCAGGAUUCAUUUUAAUCACCAUUUGUUUUUACUGGCCUAGUAAACUUGUGGGACAUGAAGGCUUUGACAGCAGUCUGUAGAAAUCAUUCAGCAGACAUUGAUUGAGGUUAUCCCUUGUGCCAGACAUUGUGCCUCUGCCCUUUUGUGUCUGAAGAAAAAGGCCAAACACAAAAUGGUGUUGAAUUUCUAUGGGAGUUUAGGAAAUGAAGCAAAGUGCUUAGUGCAGUACUUUGCAUGUCAUGGACGUUUUUAGUGGAAGAAAGGACUGAAGCAGCAAAGAAACGAAGCAGGCAAGUGGAGCCAGGGUUAAAGUCACUGGAUCGGGUCUUAUGCAGGCCUCUAUCUCAUGCACAUUUUCUGGGCUCUCAGGCCCCUUACUGGGGACUGCAGCUGGGCCUCAGCUCCCAUAGAACUCUGCCUUAGCUAUUUCCAAAUCCAGGGCCAGAUGUUAAGUACUAGCUUAUCCUUCAGGUCAUCUGCAGCAGUGAGGAUGAAGGCUUAGACAGGAAAGGCCAACUUAGGUUCUGGUGAGAAAUAGGUAUAAGCCUGAGUUUAUUGUUUGGAGGCCUCAUUUGUCCAUACUCUUCCUCCACUUGGACCAACAUUCCUUCCCAAAUCAGCAUCUUCACUGUGCUCAGUUAAAGCAGAAACAGCCAACCAAGACUAUCUUCUCAGCUUCUAUAACUGCUUAAGGUCAAAUCCUUUGAACAAACCUCAUAUUCUACAUCAUUCCUAGUGGUUUUUCUUUAACUGGUUGAGAAGUUAGCCUGGAGUUGUGAAAUGAAACUUCUGACUGCAAGUUCUAGUGUUGAUCUUUGGUAAGCCAUUUCACUUCUUUGAGCCUAUAUUAUGGUUUUGGAUUUUAAAUGUCCCCCAAAUGUCCACAUGCUCAAGACUUGUUUCCCUACUAAUGGCAGUACUGGGAGGUGGGGGCCUGGUAGGAGGAAAUUAGGUUAUUGGGGGCACGUCCUUGAAGAGCGGUUAGGGACCUUGGCCUUCCUCACACACUUUUUCUCCCUGACUACCAUGAAGUGAACAGGUUUUCAUCACCACAUGCUCCCACUGUGAUAGUGGGAGCCCAAAAUAGGCCCAAAAUAAUAGGGCCAAGUGACCACAGACUGAAACCCAUAAGCCAAAGUCAGUCUUUCUUCCUUAUAAAUUGUCAGUUGGGGCUGGGGUUGUAACUCAGUGGUAGGGCACUUGCCUAGCAUGUGUGAGGUACUGGGUUCGACCCUCAGCACCACAUAUAAAGGUCCUUUGGCAACUAAAACAUUUUUAAAAAUUACAUCAGGCAUUCUGUCACAGGAAUGAAAAGCUGACAUAUCCAGCUUUUAUCUCCUGGCAAGUGUGAAGGUCUAAUAACUAAUGUUUAGCAAUAAUGAACAUUUUUGUUGUCUGGAACAGUGGUCCUAAGCCUUCAUAAUCUUUGGACACUCAGGGCUCUAAAUAUUUUGCCACAUUUUUUCAUGUCUCAGAAAUUCAUACCUUCCGUAUUUCCCUCCUCCUUAAAAUGUUAUACAUGACAGAAUGUAUUUUUUUCGAUGUUGGUGGACCUUUAGUCACUUAUUUAUAUGUGGUGCUGAAAAUUGAAUCCAGUGACUCACACGUGCUAGGCAAGUGCUCUCCCGAGCUACAACCCCAGCCCUAGAAUAUAUUUUGACAUAUCAUAAAUACAUGGGAGAAUAACUUCUCAUUUUUGUGGUUGUACAUAAUGUUGAGUUACACUGGUUGUGUAUUCAUAUAUGAACACAGGUUUUUAACUUUGUCAGAUACAAACUAGUCCUCCAAAUUCAGAGCUCCUAAGUUUCCUUUUUUAAUUUUUAGUUAUCGUCUACUUUUAAGAACCUGUCCAUCAAUCUGUUCAUCUGUAUUUAUGACCAUUGUCAAAUAGACCACUAUACUAUACACUGUUUUAUUAGGUGAAUUAGAGAAGCUGGCCUUCACCCCUUGUGCAUAUACAUUUAUGUAAAUUAGACAGUUAAGAACAAGUAUACUGUAGAUUUCAUGAGAGCUUAUAAUGCGUUUCUAAGUUUUAUCAUUUGUAGCACCUUGUAUACAUGCAGUUCUCUCUAUAUAUUUUAAAGUAUAAAGUCUGGCCUCUUACAAGAUAAACUACUAGAAUAUGAAAUAUACUGUGAACCUGUUUAGCAUUCUCUGUGGAAAUACUUGAUGAACUGAGUUUCAGGAACUCCAUAUCCUGGAAUAUAGAGUGCACUCAAAUGAGUUUUUGGUCAUCUUAACGUCAGUGUUCUCUGUAUAUGCUUGCUUUUGUUCUUCAGACUUAAAAAGCUGGUGAUAUUACCCUACAUUACAGGUACUACACAGUUUCUAAGGCAUAAACUAAUGGCCCUGAGAAACUGAAGUGCUGUUGUGUUGAUUUGUAGAACUUAACAGGUUUGGCAUUUCCUCUAGCAAGUCUCAGAACUAGGAAUCUUUAGAAAUUAGAGCUAUGGGCAAACAUGUUAAAAUUCUAGUGUAAUUGAGAACUUUGUCUCCCUGAUUUUAUACCUCAGCUAAACUGAGAUAUACUCAGUAGGAAAUUAAAAUGUUGAUACUAAAGAUUGAAGGAUAGAGUAGGAAGUGAGAAAUCUUCUUGUGGACUUUUUCUUAUGAAUUUUGCUUUUAUUUCCCCACUUUGAUCUUCAUUCCAUUGACAGGAACUAUACAGUGUCCCAGAGGAGGUAUCAUUGUUCACUAAUUGGUGGUAAUACUAAAUGUCUUGCAUUUUUUGACAUACUAGGCCUGGAUAUGACUAUCAUUCAGCAAACAUCAUGGCUACAAAGCAGGUAACCAGUAACUACAUUAUUCAUAUGCUCCAAGCCAAAAAAUAAAAUCUGACAACUGAAGCAACUAAAUUGAAUAUCACUAUCAUCUCAGGUGGUUUGCUGGUGUGUAUCCAUGACUAUUUGGAAAGUUUUCAGGGCUAUCAGUUCCAUUAUCAGCUGUGCAUGAUUUAUGCUAAACACUUUUGUGAACGAAGUACUUUUAAUUCAGUCUUUGAAAUUCCCUGACCAGAGAGAGCCCAGACCAUAACUCCCAAGUUACCCUCCUUUUUAACUACAACAGUUUCUAUAAGGUCACAUUUUGCUUUUCCUGUGGGAUAGCAUUUUUAAACUGAUUGUAGUAUUUUAGCUAGGACCAAAAGAAUGAAACUUGUUUAUGUAUAAACACAAACUGCAACAAUAUGACUGGUGUGACUAUUUCAAGAUGAUUGAUUUCACACUUUAAAGAUACCAAGUGUAAUUACACUGUAUGAGGAUGAUUGGAUCUCACAGAAUGCUAGCAAUAACUCCUCUUUCAUUUAUACAUGCAGAAAAUAUUCAAAGAAAAGACACUUUGUUUACUAGACCUAACAUUGUCAGAAAAACAAAACCAGACAAGAGUUAUUUAAAAUGAGUAUUUUGAGGCUAAAAAGUUUUCAUCAAGUAGUUCCAGUAUACACACCCUGCCCUUCACAAAAUCUCUUUGGAUAUUCAAGACUCAUUCCAAUUUGGCUAUAUUUUCCUCCACAUAUCAGAAACCUACACCUUCCCUAUUUCUCCCUGGUUUGUCUAAUUUUAGAUGUUGGAUCCAAACCAGUCCUCUCCUAGCCUGCUCAGGUUGCUCUCUGAAAGCCUCCUAGCUCUACCUUUAAGUAGACAGUUGGCUUAACCUUCAGGCCUUCCCGAGAUCUAAACCUUCUCACAUGAAGCCUCUUAUUCAAUCACUUGUUCCUCUACUACUUUCUAUCUCUAGAGGCAGUUACUUCACAUUCCCUUGAUUCUAUCCCAACCACCUGUUUUUCUGCAGCUUCCUGGCCAAGGCACCUUUAGUACUAGCUCACCCAGUCUAAUCCUUUUAAAUUUUCUUAAAUCCAACUUUAGCUCAGAAGCCUUUUACAGUCAACUUCAGCGAGGUUAACUUGUGCUUCCCUUUAUAGUCAUUCCAUCUGCUUGCACUAAAGGUAAAUAGUUCAUUCCUGUAAUGCAUGAUUUUUACUACACUAAGGUUCUAGUCUCAUAUAUCUAGUGUCAUAAGCUUAGAGGUAGGUCAUUAGAGUACCCAAGACAAGCAUGGAGAACAGAACUAUCCUUCCUCCAUUUUUCCUAAAAUUAUAAGGUCUUUACAUAUUACAAUGUAGCUGAUCUUUUUCUUUCAACCUUGUACUCAUGUGUUCUAAAAUCAAUCAAAAUAGUUAUCGAGUGCCUUAGGUAUACACAUUAAAGAAAGAAGGCAGCCACUGAAGUGUUAGCCACUGAUCCGGUGUUCCAAGUGAAUGAGAUAUGUCUGAUACCACCACUAUUUUAUUUUGAGCUAAAUCCUUAUUUGAGAAUAGCAGGGCAGGUUCCACCACUCUUUCCUUUGACAAUCUGGACGAUGCUAUUCCCAUCAAGUUUAUAGCUGCUCAUAUUUAUGUAUAAACAGGUACCAGUUUUGAUUUUAUUUCAUAUUAACAUACAUGACACAUCAAAAUGAGAAAUGCACAAUUUAACCAUUCAACAGCUUGCCUUACUCCAAAAGAACACUAUAUUCAUAUUAAACAUUUAUACAGUCUUUCCACCUAACUUUACAAAUGUCCUAAAUUAAUUUCCAGCAUUUCUCACACAGAAGCCUAUUUUAACUCUUUAAAUCACCAUUCUGUAUCAUCCUAGUAGACUCCAGGGGUUCCCCUGUGAUUCCAUGCUGAAGAGAACCAGCCCCCACACCACCCACAGACCCAAGCACCUCCAGGCCUUGCCUUGGAGGUUGCCCCUUUGACAUGGUAGUCUUGAUUCCAAGAACUGAUUAUUGGACAUUACUGAUCAAGGACUAAUAGUUGUAGUAUAUGAGUACAUCACAGUUACAGGAAGGAGUGGGGACCAUAGCCAAGAGACACUCUAAAUGACACAAGGCAAAUUUUUGCCCAAAGAUCCUAUUGAACUGAACCUAAGUCCCCCAAGCCUCCUGAAAUUUACUUAACAAUGGAGCUAUAGCUUUCAUUUCUUAAAACUGUUUGACAGAUGUCACCAGAUUCUGGAAGUGGUGAGCUGUUAAACAUUUGGUGUGUGUAUACAUAACACAUCAAAAAUUACUGUGUGAAACCUUGAGAAUGUCUGAUUACAUAAACAAAUGUAUAUAUAAAAAGUAACUUGGAUCAUUUCACAGAAAUUUUUCAGUACAGUAAUAACGUGCUCCCUAUGCAGUUCAUGCUGUGUCCCUUUUAUACUACAUCAUAGCACAUUAUUUGUACAUUACCAGUAUGUCUGUGAAGUUCAUAAUCCCCAUGAUCAAGCCAGUCAGUUCUGAAUCAUGUUAUUCUAUGCUGGUUUUAGCAGUCACCAUAGGAAACAAAUCACAUCCUAGUCCAAGGACUAUCCAUUUCUCAAACAUAGAAAAACCUGAGAUAUAAGUCAGCAACUAGCUAUACUUACAGUAAAGGAAAGAAUAACAUCUGUCCCACUCCCACCCCACACCCCCAAAAGCUGCUGACAUGAAUUAAGGCUUCGAAAAAGGACCAUACUGUAGUUGAUAAAACGUAAGCCAAGAAAUUUAAAAGCAGAUACGUACUAUCACUUGUGUACUUGUUCUAAUUACCUUCUAUUUUCAGCUGCCAGGAUUGAUUCCAUACAGUGAUUGUAGGUCAAGGACUGAGAAACCACCUUGAUCUUAUUCCAUCUUGACAGGCCCCUUUAACUAAAAACAUGCCAGGGAUAGUUUUUGAAAAUAGCUUGGCUGUGGCUCUCCCCUCUAUUCACAAUGGAAAAUUCAACAACCUUCUCUUUGCCUUCCUAAACUGUUUUACUCUGAGUAUUCCUUGCUUCCUAAAGCUUCUCUCAGUCCUAUUAGUACAUUUGAAAGUAUGAAAUUAUAGAAAUACCAUCACCACCACAUGCCAAGGGGAGAUAUGCCAUCAAGGAGAUAAGUUUCCUGCUUCUCCUCAGCAUUUUUUUUUUAACCUUCUUAAUUCUGUAGUUUUCCUCUCUAGGUGCUUUCCUACAAAAUUCUGCCUGUUGUUACAUUUUUACAAACUGGAUCCAUGCAUUGAAACAGAAAUGGAAAAAUCCACUUUGGCUGAGAACUCGAAGGUGCUGACGCUCUGCUAUGAACCCAGAUAAUUCACAUUUGAUUUUAAACCAAGCUAAUUUCAAUUAAAGGAUUAACAAUCCCAUUUUAAAUAACUCUUUGAUUCUUAAGAGGGAGGUAGACUUGUUUAGCCUCCCAAUCUUGGCUUAAAUCAUUAGGCUGCCAAACUCGUGGCUAAGUUGAAUGCUAGAUGGUUUCUCUUCUCUUUCUUAAUAAAGCUGAGAAAAGGAAGAAAACAAACUAGUCCAUCCAGGCCCAAUUGGAAUUUUGUGCAUAGACAGUUUAAAUUGGUCUGAAAAGUGUGACUAGCUACCAACCUAUUCACAAUGCCUAGAAAACGGGCUCCCAGACAUGGUAGUGGUGAAAGCCCCGACUGUCCUGUCUGAGGUACUGGGUUUGUUCUAAAGUAGAUCUGGGCGAGGCCCCUAAUGGUCCGUGCAGCAGAAUGAUGCUUGUGUCACUCAGCUGUCAGGUGAGCUUGGAUUUGUGAGUCAGUUUUGGAUAGGAUCAUUUCUCUUGGAUUUACCAUUAGGUUCUGUCCCUAAGAGGGUCUACCCACCCGACCCACCAGCUUGGCUCAGUCUCAGCACUAAGGUGCACUAUGGAAGGGACUAGACAAAGACAAGUAUUUGAGAUCUCAUUGUAGCAUAACACGAAAAUGGUACGGGAUUUUGUCCUCUGACACCAAAUAAAAGUUGCUACUGUAGGAGCAAUAAGAUGUACAAUUCACGGAAUACAAGUUGGUUCCUCCGGUUAGGGGGGAUUCUAACAUCUGCCCUUCCACUUUUCUUGAGAGAGUUAUUAGCCGAUCUCUCAAAUGUAGAUGCUAAGAGAACAACUGUGUUAAUCCACCUCUUGCUUUUACAUCAUAGCUCCAUUUUCCAAAAUAUAUAUGUAUGUACAUAUAUAUAUAUAUUUCAGAUUUACAGGGAAUAUUUUUUGUGGAAAAAAAAAAACUGUCAAUAGAAGUCACAAGUGUCUUUCUUCUCAGGAGACCUCAAUGAUUUCCAUGCUGCCUGAAAAGCUAGACUGACUGCCCACUUUCCCCAGCUCUUCCCGUGACCUGUUCUCUGACAUGAUGCUCUCUCCAAAUUCCAUUUGGCAGCUCCUACGUUUAAACUGCUUUUCAAAGGGGCUCUCUUCAUGCCAGCUCCGCCGUGAGUCAGCUCUGUCACUUGGCUUCUGCCGCCUGCGCACAGAAUAGACUUGGUCGCUGCACGUGGGCAGCUGGCUACAGCUGUAGGCAGAGUAACUGGCAUUGCCUCCAUAGAUGGCUGAAGCAGAGUAAAAGUGAGAGGACUCUGUGGCAAAAUACCAACUAUUGGUCAAGGAUGGGGUAGAGGUCUGGGGAGCCAAGAUAUCUGAGUGCCAGCCCUUUAGGCCCAGCCCAGCAGCAGACUUGGUGAGGUGUUGCUGGCUGGUAGAAAGGCCAAAGAGGAAGUUGGUAUGGUAAUUGUCCUCCACACUUCCACUUCGAUGCAGUGGAGAUAAGAAGGACCUUUGGGUGCCACUGUUGCUGGUUCUUACUGAGUGCAGUCGCUUGCUCUGGCUCUCUGAAGGCCUGGUGGUCUGGGGUUUCUUAGGGAUGUGGGCUUCCUCCUUAUCUGGGCUGGUUUCUGGAGUCUGCUCUGACACUUCCUGAACUGGGGAGAACUGGCAUAGUUUGUUGGUCCCAUCCAGAGCAGCUGAAGGUUUGUAGUAUUCCAAAGCAUCUUCUGAUGAGGAGAAACCAUGUAAGGAUGCUGCCAUGCUGGCUGAAUAUGAAACUGAUUUGAUAUCCAGAGAGAAGGAACGCUUGAGCUUAUUGCUGUCUUCCAGCUUGUCAGAGGACAGGUGGAGCCCAUUGAGUGCCUGUACCAGUGGACUGUCCUCUAACAGUGAUGGCUGUAUGCUGGGCACACUGGCAGGAUGCACAGGCCUUUGCCCUGCUGCCUCUGAGGUAGCACAGUCAGCGCAGGGUGGACUGAGGGACGUCUCGCUUUUCUGUCCACCCUCUGAGACUGCAGGGACAGGUUCAUUUGGCUUUUCCAGGUGCAGCAGCUUGAGUUUGCUCUUUGGUCCUGAUGCUCCAGUCUGGUUCUUAAUUUUCUUUUCAUAGUCGAGGAGUUGGCCCAGAAAAUUGAAGUUUGGAGAUAUAGUAGGUCUUUUUUCUUUCACAAAUCUAUGGAGAGAGAAAAAAAAAAAAAAAAAUCAAAAACUGAAUUUUAUACUACACUUUAUCUUAAGAAUAUCAAGUGAGUAAACAAGAAGGGGUUAUUAAACCUUCCUAAAUAUUUUAGAAGAUGAUUGGUUUAUAAGUUCACAGAGUGCCUCAAGGUGGAGAAUAUAAAGAACUUCUGUGUUGGGGGCACUCUAACUCUGGGUGCAUGCUAGAGAGAAGGUGCCAGACCCAAAAGCUCUAGUUUUAGCCUCAUUUCAAAGCUUCCAGUGCAACUGCUAAGAGGGUAUUCUUUGGCCAACACCAAUGACACCCUGCCACACACACAUUAGUGCAACCAAAAGAAGUACAGUAUAAUGGCCACUUGCCAGCUUCAAUAUUCCAGUAUUACCCCAACAAUGUCACCAUGGUCAUUUCUCAAGACAUUUCACAUUUUAAUGACAAAAAGAAAAAAAUGGUAUCAGAUGGUGAAAGCACCCCAUUCUGAGUUCCUUCUUUUUAUACUCUGUAUGACAGAAUAACCAGCUACAAAGUGGUCUCUGGGUGCUAAGUACUAUGCUAACGCACUAAAUUAUUUAUUCAGUCCUCACACCUACCCUAAAUCAGUGGGGUGCCAUUUUCCCCAUCAUGAGGGUACAUAAAAUCUUUAAGAUGAUUUGCCUAAAACCACAUAGGUCAAAUGACGAUAUUGAAGUCAAAGCCAGGUCUAUCUGAUGUCUGGGUACAUUUUUGCAAUAUGUUUAAAAAGAUUCAUCAAUGGGUCAGAACUAUUAAUAAGCAGCUUUUAUGUUUCACUGAGAAACAAAGGCUCUUAAAUGUAAGAAAAAUUCUUCCGUGGCCCCCAAACCUCAUGAAUACCUGUCAGGAUACUACGAAAGCUGAAAAUCUGCAAGAACAAGAAAAAUUAAAAACUCCAUGGAAAUCAAGUUGUCUAAAGCAAAUUAACAAAGCUAGAAAUAAGCAGUUCAACUACUGUUUAAAUAUUAAUGUAGAGUCCUCAUGCUAAGACUUCCUCGAAUGAUACAAUGGUGUGGCCUUUGGUUUCUGCAUGGAGCAGAAUGAUGUCAGGCACAAAGGAAGAAUGAAGGAGAGGGAUCUGGUGCAGGUAAACAAGGGCCCAUCCCUGCCAGUCUCCUGCCUCAAAGGACAAACUGGGCUGCUCAUUCCUUCUUCCAAUUUUACAAUUUGAGAAGAAAGUCCAAUGUUAAAACAGGCCUGCUCCAUGUGUCUAUAUUUUUUAUUCUUUAUCACAUGAAAGGAGGAAACAGAUUCAUAAAUCACCAAGAAAACUCCAGCCCUUAGCAGUACUUCCACUUGCCUGUCUUCCCUUUUGAGAAUAUAAGAGUGCAACCUGGUCAAAAUUAUACACUGCAAAAUCUGGCUGACCAGAAUGUAAGAAAUUAGUGAAUGGAUUUUAUGGUUAUUUGGUUUUAUACUUGCCUAUAUUAGUCUUUUUCCUCACAGCAAUACAAAGUUUGAAGUAGAGUAUAUUCUAUUGGAGUUUUUUUUCCUUCAUAAAUAAAUUAGAACAAAUGAUACUUCUCCAACUAAGAAAAGGAAUAAGCACUCUGCCUGGCAUUUUUCCUUAAACUUAAAAAGUAGCUGAGGAUGAAUCUGACAUAUUACAGCAGAAUGAAUGCUAAAUAAUAAAACUGCAUUCUUUUCCAGUUUUUGCAACACCACUUAAAAAUCCAAAGUAACCUGUAAAGAGAUUGACUAAAAUAAUCACCAUUUGCUUUAAUCUGGUUUUCCACUCUCAUCUCUUUGUGUUUCAGGGCAAAUGAAAAGCCACUCACACAAGACAUGUUCUUGUCCUCACCUGUAAGCCUCAUCUAAAGACAUAUCCAUCCUCUUCAUGAUGUAGGCGAUAGCAAUGGUGGCAGAGCGAGAGAUCCCUGCUAAACAGUGCACUAGGACACAUCCGUUGGAGGCUUUUGCUUUCUCUGUAUGAGUCAAAUUCAAGAAAGGUAACAAUUUAGUUUAGCAAAAUGGAAAUUGUUUCCAUUUACUUACUCAAGGUCUUCACCUGAAAACCUCAAAGCAAAUCUCUUCUAUUCACAUUAUAUUUGCCCCUUCAAUAUUCUUUUGAGGUCAGGGAAGAUCAUUUCCUUGCCAUUGUUACACAAUGGAUAUUUAAGGUCCACAAGUAAGCUGUAGCUGACUCAGGUUACCUGACUCUUAUUUCAGUACUUUUUACUAUGUAUUUUUUCCAUUAUUAUUUUAAUAAAUUUUCCUGGAUAUAAUUCCUGUUUUACAAUGAUUCUACUUGCUUGGUGUAGAAAUUUUCAGAAAUACAGAAAAGUAUAUAAAGGAAAUAAGAACCCCAGAACUCCACACCUAAAAUACAAUUACUAUUUUGUUUACUCAUGUUAUGACACCAGUGUUUCCCCCAAUUAUAUGAGAUAAUUUUUUAAAAAAAUCUGUUUGCUUUUCAAAUAUAUAUAUGACAUACCUUUCCAAUGAGAAAAGAGGGGGGUGAGGGAGAGAGACUAGAUCACAAUGCAAGAUGCCAGACCAAGUUACUUUUUUUUUUUUUCCUUUUCUUUUUUGCUGUGCUGGAAAUUAAACCCAGAGCCUUAAGCAGUCAAAGCUAGCAACUGGCCACUGAUCUACAUCUCAGCCCAAAUUAUUUUUAAAAUUCUGAGGUUUGACAGGCAUGGGAGUAUAGACUUCUGAUCCCAUCUACAUGGGAGGGCUGGGGAUAUAGCUCAGUUGGUAGAGUGCUUGCCUUGCAAGCACAAGAGCCUGGGUUCAAUCCCAAGCACCAUAAAACAAACAAACAAAAAAACCAUCUACA